AUGGCUUGGGGCUGCAAGCGCCGCCUGCUACUCUAUUGUUGCUUCUUAAUUGGCCUUCUCCACAGCUUUUCGCCUGGCUACGCAGAACAGCGAGGCCCCAUAUCUCUCUCUACUGUCAAAGAAGGCUCAAAUGGCAGCGAAGAAAACCUCCGGCCAGUAUUUGAAGAGGGUGGGGACGGUGUUUUUUCUCUCCUGGAAAUAAUAGAGGAACGGAAGAAGGCCUGGGCGCUGACGAAGGCAAAGGGGGAAGGAAAGCCCCAGAUUAUACACUGCGGCAGUGCGGUGUAUGGACAUGUCACUGCAGACGAAACCGUCACUGUCAACCCAGAAGAGGCACCUAACUGCCGCAGUCUGUGCCGCGCCCUCUUGCACAAAGUGUUUAAUGCGUUUCUCAAUUCCUCUCCAUCCCCUCUUAUCACCAAAUACAUACCUGUCUGCUUCUGCCUCCAACUGUCCCUCUAUAUCGUCAUGUGUCCUACUGGCACUCUGCUUCCCGAUUGGCUUCUCCGCCUUCAGUUGCUUGUACCUGGGCUUGUUGUGCACUAA